CCCAAACUACCUACUAGAGGCAACGAGCGUCCAGAAACCUCGCAACCAAUGGCCAGUUAACGAACACAGAAUGCCUAGGAAAGGAUUUGAGAAAGUGCAGACCGGGUGUCUCACCUGCAAGGCUCGAAAGGUGAAAUGCGAUGAAACGCAGCCUACAUGCAUGAGAUGCCAGUCUAGCCGGAGACACUGUGGAGGCUACCGCCAGACAUCAGCCAGCUCCUACAAGUGGCAAUACCUCCUGUCACCGCACUCUGUCGUCCACCGACGCACAAAUUGCAGCAACGCCGAUCAAAGGAGUCUCGCAUUCUUCCACCGAACCCUCGCUCCGGUACUCAGUGGACCGCUACGCAACCAAUUCUGGACAGUCCAGGUAGCCAGCGUCGAGUAUGGUCUCGCCGGCGCCAAGCACGCCGUCCUCGCGCUCAACGCGCCGUUUGAGCAUUACGCAAACCGGCAGUCUACUGCUGAUGCUUCCCUCCGUUCUGCAGUGUAUUAUAAUACCAGCGUGAACAUUGCCAUUGAACAGUAUAAUAAGGCUAUAAAUAGCGUCCUGGCCUGGCGGAUGACCGCUGUCUCCUUGGAAGCAGUUCUGGUGAUCUGUAUCCUGUUUGUGAGCAUAGAAUACGCCACAGGAAAUCCGACAGCUGCAGUGACGCACUUGAACCACGGCAUCUCCCUGCUGAGAUCAUCACGUCUGAUUCCGGAGGCCAUAAUCUCUCAGUUUCGCUACCUCAGUGUUUUACCGCGUUACUCUGGGGCGGACAUAUCGUCGUUUUGCUUUAUUGGGGAGGGUUCGGAAGCGAGGAUACACUCAUUGAUUAAGUUUGUGGAUUUAGGCGCGGCGGAAGCAGCACUUAGUCCCCUCGUUUACAAGUGUGCCAGACUGCCCCUGUUGCAAGCCAGUAUCACCUCCGAUGCUGAAGUGCUCCAUCGGGAGUCGCUGCAGCAAGAUUUAGACCGAUGGUGGUCCCUCUUUAUGGAUCUCCGGCGAAGAGGCAGUGUGCGAACGCCAGGAACACAGCGAGCUAUAACACAGAUAUCGCUCGUGCAGGGAGCGGGUCUAUUGGAGGUCAGGUGGCUAGUGGCCAAGAUAUGGAUGGACACGACGCCACUACAAGAUGAGCAUGCUUACGACUCAUAUCUCAAUGGAUUUUGUCGCAUUGUCAAAGCCUCGAGCAAAGUGCAGGAUGAGUGCUCUGAUAUGUCAGAUGCACUGGCAUUUAAUAUCGGCUACACUGCGCCUCUCUAUUUCACAACACUAAAGUGUCGACAAUUUGAUAUCCGUCUUAAAGCUCUAUCAUUGAUGGAAAUGUUAUUCUGUAGAGAAAAGGCCGUCUGGCAUCAACCGUUGCUAUGUGCCGCGGCGAGGCGAGCCAUUGAGCUGGAGCAUGGGGUUAGCCUGUAUCGUCAUGACAAUACAUAUCUCGCGAGUGCGGAGCUAGGUCCCCAUUUGGUUACAUCUGGGCUACUUGUGACAAGAAUCGAAAUAGGUGCUGCCGAGCUACUCUCGAAGAGUUGCGAGUCGUUCAUGGAGUAUCGUGUUCCCUUUCAAGUGUGGACUGAAGGCAACGGGCCGCACACAAUUCUGCAGAAUAUCAAGGUCUCAAAUUGCUAGAAAAGAG